AUGGCGCCGCGAUGGGAUCCAACCAGGGCCGCAUGGCUGUAUCCUCUACGGGGAAUCCACUAUUUUGCAACCCAUCGCUUCCUCUGGCCCUUAUUUAAAGCUCGCCUUGUGCCAAUCGUCCUACUCUCUUCCUUCGUAUACUUCCUUCUCUUCUUUUUUACAUAUCUCCCACAGGUGGCCUUUUUGGCUAUCUUCCAAGGAGCCGGAGCAUGGGUGAACGGAGCAUUCCUGGUACUUGGUGAAGGAGCCGUCGUCGUGUCAACGUUGUUUGAGGCGUUCUUCGUUGAUGAGACGUUAGUUGAUAUAUUUGACUCGGUGUUGGUGAAUGAAGGGCAAGAGCAACUGGUGCUCGCUUCGCGGGUUAUUUACCCCGAAGCCGGCAGCCCGACCAGCCGUCUGGGCACCCCGACAACCAAUGCUGUUUAUGCCCCAUUUUCACUGCGGCAAAUCUUGGAGUUUAUUCUUUUAUUGCCCCUGAACUUUAUUCCGGUGGCUGGAACACCCAUGUUCCUUUUGUUGACUGGUUAUCGGGCUGGACCCUUCCACCAUUGGCGAUACUUCCAGCUUCUGGAUUUCACCAAGCAGGAGAGGAAAGCUAGUGUGGGCCGGCGACAGUUACAGUAUACUACGUUCGGGACUGUUGCCUUAAUUCUGCAGCUAAUCCCUCCAUUUUCUAUGCUUUUCUUGAUGACUACGGCCAGUGGUGCCGCUUUGUGGGCAACUGAGUUGGAAAAAAAGCGACAGCUUGCAAACCAAAGGCCUACCCGGCUGGGUGAUGCGUAUCAUGAUGAUGAUUUCACGGUUUAA